AUGGAUAAGUUGGAAACCCAUAAGAAGGCUUAUAAAAAAACCUUUGAUGACCCUAGAAGGAAGCGUGAAGAGCAGCAGGCACAAAUUCGAAAGCAACAACGUGAUGAACAACUUAGUAAGAGACGUCAAGGAAACGAUGGAGAAAAUAGCGAUAUAUCUAUGGGUAUUAAUACCCAGGCAGGAAAUAUGUAUGGUAUUGAACAUAUUCCAGCAUUAUCUCAAGGAAUAAUGAGCCAGGAAUUCAAUACUCAGUUUGAAGCCACGCAAGGCUUAAGAAGGCUACUUUCUAGAGAGCACAACCCACCAAUUCAAGCAGUUAUUGACGCUGGAGUAAUCCCACGGUUAGUCCAUUUUUUAAGUGAUUAUGACCACCCAAACCUUCAAUUUGAAGCUGCAUGGACCUUAACUAACAUUUCAUCUGGCACUACUGAACAAACAUGUGAAGUUGUUAGGCAUGGGUCUAUCCCAAAAUGCGUUGAACUUCUAAAUAGUCCGAAACUUGAAGUUAAAGAACAAGCUAUUUGGACACUCGGUAAUAUAGCAGGUGAUUCUGCAAACUGUCGUGAUUUGGUUUUAAGAGCGGGUGCUCUUCCACCAAUUUUACAAUUAAUUGCACUAGAAAUUGGCCCGUUAGAUAAUAAUGAACAAAUGAUAAGUACGAAAUCACCAAGCACAGUGGGUGGAAAGGUUAGUGGCAAAACCAGUAUACUAAGGACAGCAACUUGGACGGUAAACAACCUUUGUAGAGGUAGGCCACCGCCGCCAUUUGAAAUGGUAUCUCAUUCUUUACCAGUACUAUGUAGGCUUUUAUAUUUUUCUGAUUUGGAAGUGAUGACUGAUGCUUGUUGGGCACUAAGCUAUAUUUCAGACGGUCCGAAUGAUCGUGUUGAGGCGGUACUAAGGAGUGAAGCAUGCCCUAGGCUUGUGGAGCUUCUGGGCCAUCCAUCACCCCUUGUUCAGACUCCUGCGCUUAGAUGUGUUGGAAAUAUUGUAACAGGUGAUGAUAGACAAACUCAGAUGGUUUUGUCAUGUGGGGCUGCGAGAUACCUUUUGCAACUUUUAUCUUCCCCUAAGAAAGUAAUUAGGAAGGAAGCUUGUUGGACUGUUUCAAAUAUUACGGCAGGAAACAAAGAACAAAUUCAAGAAAUAAUUGACAACGGAUUAAUCGUGCCAUUAGUUAAUCUACUUAACACUGCGGAGUUCGAUGUAAAGAAGGAAGCUGCAUGGGCUAUUUCUAAUGCUACAACAGGUGGGACAGUUGAACAAAUAGAAUAUUUGGUUAACCAGGGUGUGAUCAAACCUUUAUGUGACCUACUUAGCAUUGAGGAUGCAAAGGUAAUCAAUGUCGCCUUAGAAGCAAUUGAGAACAUUUUAAAAACAGGUGCGAUACGACAACACGAACUUGGCCUUCAAGAGAAUCCAUAUUGUGCUCUUGUGGAGCAAGCUUAUGGAUUGUCCAGGCUUGAGAAACUUCAAGAAGCUCCUUCAAAAGCUAUUUAUGAAAAAGCAUUUCACAUCAUUGUUUCAUAUUUCCCUUAUGAAUACGAAGAUGAUCAUGAAGAAAUAUUCGACACAAUUAACAGUGGUGAACCUGAAUUUAAGUUUAAUCCAGAUUCAAAUGUGGAUUUUAAAUUCGAGUAG